AUGCAGCGUCGGUCAGGUCAUCUGGCCUGGAGGCAGGGCUCUGAUGCCCUCCACAUCUUUUCCAACACCGAGAGCGCGGGUUGGAGUGUCCUAGAUGAUGAGGGCAGCAACCUGAGGCAGCAGAAGCUUGACCGGCAGCGGGCCCUGUUGGAGCAGAAGCAGAAGAAGAAGCGCCAGGAGCCUCUGAUGGUGCAGGCCAAUGCAGAUGGGCGGCCCCGGAGCCGGCGGGCCAGGCAGUCAGAGGAGCAAGCCCCCCUGGUGGAGUCCUACCUCAGCAGCAGUGGCAGCACCAGCUACCAAGUUCAAGAGGCCGACUCACUUGCCAGUGUGCAACUGGGAGCUACCCGUCCACCAGCACCAGCCUCAGCCAAGAAAACCAAGGCAGCAGCUGCAUCGGGGGGCCAGGGUGGGGCCCCUAGGAAGGAGAAGAAGGGAAAGCAUAAAGGCACCAGCGGGCCAGCAACUCUGGCAGAAGACAAGUCUGAGGCCCAAGGCCCAGUGCAGAUCCUGACUGUGGGACAGUCAGACCACGCCAAGGAUGCAGGGGAGACAGCAGCCGGUGGGGGCACACGGCCCAGCGGGCAGGACCUCCGUGCCACGAUGCAGAGGAAGGGCAUCUCCAGCAGCAUGAGCUUUGAUGAGGAAGAGGAUGAAGAUGAAAACAGCUCUAGCUCUUCCCAGCUCAACAGCAACACCCGCCCCAGUUCCGCUACUAGCAGAAAGUCCAUCAGGGAGGCAGCCUCAGCCCCCAGCCCAGCAGCCCCAGAGCCACCGGUGGAAAUCGAGGUCCAGGAUCUAGAGGAAUUUGCUCUGAGGCCAGCCCCACAAGGGAUCACCGUCAAAUGCCGCAUCACUCGGGACAAAAAGGGGAUGGACAGGGGCAUGUACCCCACCUACUUUCUGCACCUAGACCGUGAGGAUGGCAAGAAGGUGUUCCUCCUGGCGGGAAGGAAGAGAAAGAAGAGCAAAACUUCCAAUUACCUCAUCUCUGUGGACCCAACAGACUUGUCUCGGGGAGGCGACAGCUAUAUUGGGAAAUUGCGGUCCAACCUGAUGGGCACGAAGUUCACUGUGUACGACAAUGGCGUCAACCCUCAGAAGGCGUCCUCUUCUACGCUGGAAAGUGGAACUUUGCGCCAGGAGCUGGCAGCUGUGUGCUAUGAGACAAAUGUUCUAGGCUUCAAGGGACCUCGGAAGAUGAGUGUGAUUGUCCCAGGCAUGAACAUGGUUCAUGAGAGAGUCUGUAUCCGUCCCCGCAAUGAGCACGAGACACUGCUAGCACGCUGGCAGAACAAGAACACGGAGACCAUCAUUGAGCUGCAAAACAAGACGCCAGUCUGGAAUGAUGACACACAGUCCUACGUACUCAACUUCCAUGGGCGCGUCACCCAGGCUUCUGUGAAGAACUUCCAGAUCAUCCAUGGCAAUGACCCGGACUACAUCGUCAUGCAGUUUGGCCGGGUAGCAGAAGACGUGUUCACCAUGGAUUACAACUACCCACUGUGUGCACUGCAGGCCUUUGCCAUUGCGCUGUCCAGCUUUGACAGCAAGCUGGCCUGCGAGUAGAGGCCUCCUCAGCCUUUAGGGUGGCCCAGUCCGGAGUGGAGCUUGCCUGCCUGCCGAGACAGCCCUGCCUCCCCUCUGUUCAUAGGCCCUCAGCGGGCUUUCUGGCCUUACCAACCAGAAACUGGCUGCUUUGCCUCUGCUGCUGAAGCAGGGGGAUAGCAAAUGGGUAUGAAGGGAAAAGGAGUAUUUCUGUGCCCCCAGGUCAACACACACGACCAGUCUUGGGUCAGUACCCUGCCACAGUUGUGUUUACCACACAGGGCAAGCUCUUCAGCAGGAGGUGCAGAGGGAGGGAAGCACAAGCAGGGCUGCUGUGGCCCAGCCAUCCACUCAGCCUACAAGUCAGGGGACAGUGGGUGUCCCAGGAGGUAGGGUACAGUGAGUCUAUGUGUAUAUAUAGGGCCCUUUAUGUAGCAAAGGGCCUGGUGGUCAGCAGAAAGUACUUCCACCUCAGAAGGGCCCAUCAGGCCUAAGGGAAGUUGGGGGGUGGGAAUAGGUGAGUGGCAGAGCCUUGCUAGGAUCGCAGGGGCCUGGCUGUGGGAAUUAGCUGGUAGCUUAGAGUGGUAACUCAUUUGUUGCUUCUAGAAGCAAGAACCCAGCUCUCCAAGCCAAAUAUCUGAGUGGAUGGGGGUUAAAGGAGUCGUCCAGGAGGCUCCCUACAUCAGGGCUUGCUGACGUUGAGCAGCCCCAGCACAACUCCUAUGACAUAUAUGUAGGGUAGAGGUCACCAUUCAAGUAAUGGCAUGCUUCAGGAAGAAUGUCCUCUCUGGGAAGACCCGGUUCCCAUUGUUGCUAGCAUGCCCUGACCAUUCAGGGCUGUGUGCCAUUCUUAGGGGAAUGGAGCGGGCUGAGAAGAGCGGAGAAUACUUUAGGGCCACAAGAGCUCAGGUGGUAGGACUCUGUAUGGCUCACCAAAAGUAAUGCUGAUCCCUGGGAACAUGGGACUUGUCUCUUGGUUACCUAACUGGUUAAUGACAGAGUUCAGAACCUCAAGGUCCUUUGUUUCUACUGUUUCCCAGAAACUAGACUCUCUGGCCUUCUGGGGUCCAUUCUGCAUGCCCUUUCCCUUCCCAAUUCCAGAGACUUAGGACCUUCAGAGUUAAUCUCUAAGAUUGAAAAAUCUUUCGGUAGGGCAUCAGGCAUUUCCAUGUUGAAAGUUGUCUGAUCCGAUCUGGCCUGUGCCUGGCCCCUCUAUGAGGCCUUCAAGUUGUGCACAGACCUCAGCAGAGCCACUGCAAACUUCUUUGUGUAGAUGUGACAGGCAGCCUGAGGGUUCAGGGGCUGGGCCUGGACAUCCCUUCCACUGCCACUUUUCCUUGGAUGGCACCACUCAUCUAGUGGGCUUGGGAACGCCAAGCCUUGCCUGUGUCAUUUGAAAGAAGCUUCUUGCCUAGAUGGAGAUAAGAAACCAGUGGGAAGCAAAGAGCAUUUAGGCAUUGCUUUAAAAUAGAUAUGCUCAAAAAGGCUAAGUAAAAGUAAAGUCAUGCUUUGAGUAUGUAAAUGAGGCUCUACAGGUCAGGAGGCUGGGUUGAUGUAAAUGGAAAUAGUAUUUAAGAAAAACAUCUGGAUUCUUCUAUUUCCUUCUAAGCAAGGCACACCUUCUGUAGUAGGAUCUGACACACCUGAGCCAUACAUCUCCAUGAGAGGACCUUACAGUGAGUUAGCCUUUGUUUACAGUCUAGUUUCGAGGGCACCAGGACGUCUAUGCUGGGGCUGGCCUAUCUCCUGAUGAAAGAUUACAGUGCCAUCUAUGUCCUUCCCGUAGUUCUGUGUUUGCCCUCCUUCCCUGACUUUAUAAGGAGCAAUCUGCUGACAGAGGUGGCAGAAAGCAGAUCUUCAUUCUAGUCAAGCCCUUUCUCUGGGUUUACAAUGUUGAGGUUGAACAGGCUGAUUCUGGAGUCUAGUGGGUGGAAGAGCCCCUGGUGGGAAGAAGGAACUGGAAGCACAAUGGGAAACUCUUGGCCUCUGCUCUCUGCUUCAGCACACAAAAAAAGGGGGUGUUGGCUAUUAGAAUAUAAAUUUGGUAGCACCAGGAAACAGGCCCACUAUGGAGAAAGGCAGUCAGCACAAGACCCUCUAUGGGGCACCAAGUGACAAGAGUAGUUGAGUAACCUGCUUCAGACCAGCCUCCCAAGCUCAGAUCUUGGGACUCAGCCCCUGGUGAUGUUGCCUUUUCUUGAGCACAGGCCCAUGGACCUCAGAUACCAUGGCCCUGGGGAUCACCUGGGUUCAGCCUCUCCCACAGUAAGAUUUCUUACCUUUCACACCCUCUUCUCCUAGGUGGUCCUUGACUAGGCAACAAAUUGAUGAUGGGAUGAAUGGACAGUCUGUACGAGUGUGGAGCAGCUGGAACCUUAGGCAGCUCCUCUGUAUGCUACUGGCUCUCCACCCUAAAACUCUCCACCCUCUGCUCCAAAACAGUUCCUCUGCAGAGUGGUGAUGUUAGCUUCCCCAAGUCCUCUCCGAGUCUAGCUUUUUCUGUCCUUCUGGCUCUAAGGUGCUCUGUGUCUGUCUGUGUGUGCGUGUGCACGUGUGUCUGGAGGAAAGGGCAAUCUGCAAUUAACCAACAGACGUUUAAGAUCACAUCUGAGUAGGAAAAGAAUAAGGAGGCAGUUGUGACCACAGUGGAUUAUGUCCCUUCUUUCCAUGCUCUUUCUUCCAUGGUUCCAAGCAGAUGAUCAAGGAAAUGUAGUGCCGGUCUCACUGGAGGAGGAGCUGAGAUGUGCAUCCUUUUAAAUGAACAUGGUAUAGUGAUGGUGCCUUAACAAUCUUGACACUAAGGGGAAGCAAGUCAGGCACAUGCCUAGGGGAAGACAGGUGUAGGGAGCCAAGAUGUCUGAUGGCAGGCUGGAAGAGAACUUUUGGUAAACCUACCUUCACUGAGGCAACAAUGUUGUAGAAGUGGUUUAUUUUUUCCUUCUUUCUGGAAAUGGCAGGGUAUUUGCCUCCAAACUUUAUUUAGAAGUCGAAGUAGUUCUAAGUUUAAGCAAUAGGAAGGGCUGCUCAGAUGGGGUCUGCAGGAGGAGCCACGUCCACAGCCCUGCUCUGCAAGCACAACAGCCAUCUCCUCGAUGGACAGCCUGGUUUCCCCUUAGCAGCAGCCCUGGCCUUCCCUUCUCUGUACUCCUUGCCCCAGCUGUGAUAUCCUCAUGGGAUUUCAGGAUGCCAGGUGCCAUCAAAGCAUGCUUUCUGUGGUGCCUAGCACUGUGACUGGGGCCCAACUGCCCUGCAGAGUUGGGACCUUACACUGCCCUAGGCUCUGGCUUGUAGACCUGCUCCAGUCUCCAGAACAGGCUAUGGGAUGGAUUCUUACUUCAGUUUAUGAUCACCUGCCCUUCUUCACUCCAGCUUGCAAUUUUUUGUCAUUUCAAGAUCUUAAGUACUGGGAUGGGUUUGGGUUUUCAGCGCAGAGGUGACUUAGUCCAGGAGCGUACAACUGCAUUUAUAGCAGCUAGGGCAUUUGAGCAAACUACAUAAUCCUGUGUCCGUCUCCUUCCCUGUAAGAUAAAGAUGCAGGCCUGUCAAAGCUGGGUUGCUGAAGGUUAAUUCUUGCUCUCAUCACUACCUUUCCUAGCUCAUCACUGUGCCUUCUUUCUUUCCUAAGAAAGAUACUGCACCCCUCUCCUCUCUCCUCCUGCCCCUCCUCCCCCGCUGAGGUCCAGGUAGAGCUGGAGAUGAGGCUGAAGUCUAGAGUCUUCUAUAGAGCACCUCAGAGUAGCACAGAAGGGGAAGCCCAGCUCCAGCCUCCUGGAUGUGACCAGCUUGGUGAGGACAGGCAGCAUUUCUCUUGCUGGGAGCACACUUAGCCAGUUUCACAACGCCUAGAACAUGUAUGUCGAUUUGCACAUGAUUGUCUUUCCUAUUUUGGAGUGGUCAGACAUUUUAUUUUUGUUUAAAAUUAUCUGGAGUUUUAGACAAACUUGCAAAACUGUGCUUUUAUUAAGUGACUUUUUGAAUAAACUUUUUGGUAUUCUGAAGCAAAUGUAUUUAUUUAUUGGUAUGUGCAAUGACAAACUUGGUAUUUUCCCAUAAUGACAUUAUGUAUGUUAUAGAAUUUAGUGUUUGUCUAAGUAAAGACGUGUAUCAACAAAUUAAACUUGAACUGUUUGA